CAGAGACGACCCCACAGUGCUGGACCUCGGGGUCCUGCAGGCUCCAGCCUCUCAGACUCCCUCUGGCACUUCCACCCUGGCCCCCAGCAGAACCACCCUGGCCCCCAGCAGAACCACCCCAACAUCUGGCCCUUCCAUCCGGGCUCCCAGCACAACCACCGGAGCCCUGAGCAGAACAACACCGACCCCAAGCCCAUCUGCACAGGCCUCUGCUGCUGAGAUCCUGCCCUCCAGUUCUUCCUCUGAGGCCAGUGUUGACAUGCAAGCUGAAGAAGAAGAAAUGGCUGUCGAUGUCCAGAAUCUUCGGGGGUUCCAGCACGUGGACAGACUGGCUGAGUACCUGGUGGAUCUGCGGGACAAGACCUCUCUCUGCCUGAGUAACCGGCAGGCAGGGGAAAUCAUUGCACUGUGGGACAGCUUGGAGGAGGUGGACAAGCAGCGGGCGGUGUAUGCAGCACGCCACCAGGACAGGCUUUUGAGUGGCCGCUUCAGGACACCGAAGAAGCCCUCAAAGACUCCUGGUGUGGAGAGCACCACCCGCUGCAUGCUGGGGGCAAGUAGUGCUCCUGCUCAGUGGCCUGACUGCUGUUGGUUGGUGGAGAGCAUUUUUAUCAGACUCUGUGAUCUCCACCGAUCCCCAGUCAGGAAAGGCAAGGGGGCCAUUUCCAGGUGGUCCCUUAUUCUUAGGGACUACAGUAAGAUUCGGCAGCUGGUUGUUGGCAACUACCUGGUGAUGCAGGGCACCCAGAUUCAGCUGGUGGCAGUAAAUCAAACCACCCUCAUCAGCUGGCACAACAGCAGGCAGAAGAAGCAGGAGCUGUCUGUUGUGCUGCAGGGCACUGCUCUGCUUCCAGCCCUCCCUGAGUCUGAUGAGCCUCUUCAAGCGGCCCGUGUCCUCCCUGCUGUACCCACGCCAGCACAGCACGAGCACCAGUACCGGCUCCUGGAGAGUACAGCUGGUCAGGCUCAACAGAGACAGAAGGCCUCUUCUCUUCCACUUCCCAUCCUGCCAAAGGGAAGAGCAAAGAGGUCUCUCUCCAUCACACCUCCAGCACCAGCACCUGCUCUCCAACCUCAGGUCAGCUUCGUCACCCCAACUGGACAAACUUUCUGUUUUGUACCAGUUGCCUUUCCGGCUGCAAUUCAGGGCACCACACCACCAACCAUUAUUCCUGUCGCCACACUCGGAGCUGGGGCCACACCAAAGCGGAUAUACAGGCGGACUGUAGGGGCAAACACCUGCAAAAAGUGUGGCCAGUUCCGCACUGCUGAAACUGGACACGGCCAGUACCGCGGGAGAGCGUUUUGUCCGCAGACAGAAACACUCUCCAAAGAACUUUGGUUGGAGGAAAUGAGGAAAACAUUUGGCAAAUAA